AGACAAUCUAACUGGGACCAGUAUCAUUCUUGAGGUCCCAGUUGGAAAUUUGGGUUUCAAGAACUAUUUUGGUUAAUAGACCAACUUAAUUAAACCAAACUUAAACCUUUUAAGGACCUUUAUCAGAACUCGUAGACUAUAUGUUAACUUCAGUUAGCCUGAGGUCUCAGUAAAGAUUUGAGGUAACAUUUUAGAAAAUACUGGGCUUAACUUAAUGUAAAUGUACUUCUUGAAUCUCAUCUGUCUAUCUUUUUUUUUUUGACAAAUAAAAAAAAUUCAGAACAAUGCUUUUACCUUCACUUUCAGUUUGUUGUUUAUGACGUGCCGACUCACAAGACAACUGGCACUACCUGUUUUGUUUUCACGCUACUUUCGAAAACCACUUGUAGAAAUCUCCUGUUGUUCUUGAAAGCGGCUCAGGCUCUUGAUUUGUCACAAGUCGAAUUGUUGAAGACGGGGGAGCUUCAGCUGCAAUGGCAGGUGAGUGCUUCUUUUUACUGAGUUGAAUAAAACUUUUGUAAUCUGUUUAGUCAUCCCUGCCUGUACUUUUUCCUUUAAGACAUGUUAUCAGUCAGUAGCAGAGCUUUUUGUUUUAUUAAGCAAGACAGUUGUUUUCUUUACGCAGUCUUGAGAUUUUACAGCUGCUCUAACCAUGUCCAUGAGUAAUUUGAAAUUAUAUAAAAAAUUUUUUGCCAUUUAGCCCCAUCUACAGGCCGGCCAGUAUCAAUAACAGUUGCUGCCGUUUGGAGACUUGAGGUGAAACCCCCACCCAGACCUCCAAAGCUGACAGGUGGGUAAAGACCAAGUUGAUCAUUUUAUUUUCUUCUAUUAUUUAAAUUCAGUCCUCAAAUAAGAUAUUGAAAUUUUCAGUGUACAAAUACAUGUUUGUACGCUACAAAACCAGUCAAGACCUUCAUCUUGUUUUGAUUUAGUUUAGAGUCACAUAUUUCAAGGAGCUUUCUGUUUGUGUGGACGUUGAUUACCUCUGUUCAGGCUAUGUCAACAAAAAACAAAUGUUACGUGAAUAGAUUUUUUUUUAUGGUAAAGAAAAUAAAAUAAAAAAUCUUCAUAUCUACAUGAAAAAAAACCCACCAAAAUGUGAUUUUCUUUUUAUCUUGCAUCACAUUGACUUUAAAAUUUGCUUAAAUUUGACACUUUUAGUUGCAGCUACAAUCGGGUGGAGCGUCCUAACUCUGGCACAAGUCAUCUUAGGUCAGUAUAAGCUUCUCCUCUAACACUUUAUUCUACUCUGUCUAUAAUUUUCUUUAUGUGUGCUGUUUUGUUUUGCCAACACACCUGUAUAUCCACAGGUGUUGUGUACUUUAAGGAGUGCCCUCAGCAGCCAGUUAUUCCUCAGUACCUCUUAGCACUGGCUUUGACUCAACUUCUGAUGAUUCCGUUUGUAACUCUGUCGUGUGAGAGUGAUGAAGCUCAUCCUCAGCAGCAUCCCAAAGGCGUCAAAGCCUGUUUGCAGACACUCAACAUCUUCUUUCGCAUCGCAUGGGUCCUGGCGGGUAAGUAUGAAAAUAUCACAAAUGCUACUUUUAACGACUACGAUGACUCAUUAAAAACAUUAACUACAUAUUUUUUUGUAAUUUCAGGUGAUGUGUGGAUCCUCUCAGUCUAUCAGCCCAACUAUGAUCCUGCAGCCGGUGAUGGUCUUUACUGUAAUAAGAACCUUUACACAUUUGCUUUCUGGUACGCAAUGUGGGAGACGUUUUUAUUCUGGCUCUUCCUCACCAAACUUUGCAGAGGCUUCCUUUGCGGUGUGAUGAUGAGUCCUCCACCAACAAACAAUGACUUUUACAGGAAUGUGUAAAGCCUGCAGGUACAACUCUGUCUUUGUUUUAACUACAAAAAAAACUCAUAUUAUCAAAGGUUUUGUCUGCUCACCAAUCUGAAGUCAAUGAAAAUUUUUACAUGGCAUUAAAGCUCCUCUGAGCAACUUUCAGUUUGUGUCAAUUUUGGCGCCCCCUGUGGACAAAGUACUCUUCGUUUAUCUUGUCCUCUACAUGCUAAAGUAGAGCACACUGACCAAAAAUCUCAUUUUGCUGAGUUUUGACUAUCAAAUGCAACCAUUAAAAAAGUUAUCUCAGAAGCUUCUGGGUUGACAUCUAUCGCCCUCGCAAAAGUUUCAGGCAUAAAAUUACAAAGUAAAAUUUUUUAUGUUGUUGCUGAUGGUCUUGUUUGCUUCUUAAUGUACCAUAAUAAGCUUUCAAUAUGAAUUAAAGUGUAUUUUAUCAAUAUCAAAAACUCC